ACCCACAUUUUAUCAAUUGUGUCCCAAUAGUGAAAACGUGCAGUUUUAGAGAGAACGUCUUUUUGCUGCCACUUGCCAUAAUAUAAUAAAUUUAAAUGAUCUAAGCCCAAUUGAUCGCCUCCAUGAUCAAUUGAUUUUCAUCCUCGCGUCAACAGAAAUCACACACUGACGAUCAUCUAGCAAAGUGUUAAUUUUAUUUUAUCAGUGGUAGUGAAGAAAAAAAGUUUUUGCCCGAAUUGGAUAGAAUUGAGACUUCAUCUUUAGACUAUUGGCAAAAAAAUUGUCAGUCUCCAUCGUCGGUCUUGUCCAAAUGUUCGCUAAUUGCUUAGCAAAAUAAGUAAUUUGUGAUCUAAUUUUUCCAGCAAACACAAGACCACCAUAAAAAUGGCAGACUUCCCGCUACUCAAUUCGGGUGCAACACCAGGUGGAGGAGCGGCGAACUCGACCCCCCAAUGCAGAGAGACGAGUGGCGAUUUUGAGCCCGUUGCACCAGCACCAUCGCACAAUAUCCCUUACCAUCCGCGAAAGAAGUCCCUCAUUGACGAAAUCGACGUACCAACGGAAAACGUUGAUAUGGUAGACAAGGUGGAUAUCAUUGGAAAAGUCGUUGGCGACUGGGGAUGCUGGCAAUUGCGCACAGUUCUCCUUAUCUUCCUCUGCAAAAUCCCCAGUUCGUGGUUUAUGGCAUGCAUCAUAUUCACUGCACCAGCACCUCGUCACGGAGACUUUUUCUGCAAACCACCAACCCAUCUGCCCCUUAUACAAGAAGUCAACAAGACAGCUUGGAUUAAAAUAUCCCAUCCACAGAUUCCCACAGAUCCCAAUGAUCAGGAACUCUCCAUAGAUUUUUGCAAUGUAUAUGAAGAUGCCCUAGACCACGUUAUUAGAUACUUCAACAGGACUGAUGUGAGCAAUCCAUGGAUUGAGCCUGAACGCAAUGCCACAAACAUUAUCCCGUGCGAGAGUUUUGAGCACCACAGUGACUACAAAAGUAUCAUCACGGAUUUUGAUUUGGUGUGUUCAAAAGAUAUUCUAGUCGCCACUACCCAGUUCUUUCACCUCUUCGGUGUACUCUGGGGUGGUAUCAUCACUACUCAACUUCUAGUGCACUUCAGUCCUCGACGGGUAAUGUUGGCAGGAAUGCUGUCGCAGAUUAUCUGUGGGAAUCUCACUGGUCUGGUCACAACUUAUGGACUUCAUGUCUUCUUUAGGUGCUUAUCGGCAAUUUGUUGUGGACUCAUGUACACUUCAGGGGCCGUUAUAUUUUCUGAUAUCACGGCGGGAAAGUACAAGACUAUUGUGUGCACAAUGUUUGAGCAAUUUUGGUCAAUUGGCGUGAUUCUUCUUCCCGGAAUGGCGAGCUUUGUCAACAAUUGGUCUCAACUCUACAUGGCCAUCUCCUUCCCUACCUUUAUCCUCGUCAUUCUCCAUAGGUGGAUCCCUGAUUCCCCUCGUUGGCUAAUUGCCAGGAAUAAAGUGAGUGAGGCCAAAGCGAUCCUCGAGGAGGCAGCGAGGAUUAAUGGGAAGAAAAAUGCACUGCCUCGUGAUCUCGAGCAUCUGCUCCAAGUUCAAGCUGCAUCCUGCCUCGAGGGAGCACCACCGCCAAAUUGGUGGGGUCUCUGGGAAGGGCAUCGUGCCAAACGCCACAUGAUCUGUGUUCACCUUGUCUGGUCCAUCUACAUUGUCACCUACUACGGCAUGCUCUUAAAUAUCAGAGUCUUUGGCCGAGAGCAUUUGGAAGUUAAUACAAUUGUAGCAGGAAUUUGUGAAAUUAUUGGAACCUUUAUUGGACUUUACUUGAUACUCAACAGCAGCAGAAAGUGGCUCUGGACGGGAAUUUGGAAUGUCGUGGCUGGUUUAGCAGCAUGCACAAUCUGGCUGAUUCCACCCUCAGUUCAAGGAAUCGAACGUGUUGUGUUGGAAAUGACGACAGCAAUGAUCACGAAAACGGCCAUUUCUACCACUUUGUCCAUCCUCACUACCUGUACCACGGAACUGGUAUCAGCAGAGAAGAGAAGAAUUUGUGCUUUUUCUACGAUCGUUUGGGCACGAAUCUGGCUCCUGACUGCACCAUUUAUUGGAGCUACAACAAUUUUUGGCGAAUAUGUUGCACAAACAGCCUUGUCCUGCAUGUCCAUUGUAGGUGGUAUCCUCACAAUGCUAAUCUCAAGUCCUCGUACACUGCCGAUGAGGAAGAAGAAGACGAAUCUCCCGCCAGAACUGACCACGCCCGGAGUUUGGACCGUAAAGAGUCACCAAGAGAAAGCCGGCGCCUAAUCAAACCAAGUUUACUUAUAAUAAGUACAAGAUUGAUUUUAUAUUCUUCUGUAAAUACUAUAAAAAGUGAUUAUAAUAAUUUAUUUCCAAUUGUUAAAAAAAAA